CGCCAUUUUCAUAGGAUGAUCAGGAAAAUAAUGUUUUGUGAUAGAAUUUUUCGAUCCAGAUUCAAACGAGUUACAAGACGAAUGAUUUAGUUACAUUAUAUAUGGAGGAAGAAUAUUAUUUAAUCAACUGUGCCAAGUUAUUGCAGAAAUAAAAUGGCAGCAAUACAAGUCAUCUUUCAUGAAUUAAAAGCACUGUAUCCAGAAGUACCCGAUGAGGUUGUCAACACAAUAAUGCAACAGAAUGGCAACGAUAAAGAAAAGUGUCUGCAAGCCCUACAGUCAUACAGUGAUAGUUAUUUGUUUGGAGGUCGAGGACCGAAUGACCAGGUUUCUCGUAGACCGCAAGAAGUGCAUAUCACACACGAAGAGACUACAAUCCCUGGACCCAGUCAACACAGAUUCAUUUCUCGGAAUCGGGACACAGGGGCAGACAUUCACACAAGUAUAUCAUGGCCAAGUGACCUUACGAACAGUGUAAAUAUGGAACAUGGGAGACAAUCCCCUAUUACUGCACCGGUAUUGCCCCAAGACUUUGCCCCUUUUGUUCAGCAAAAUGCGUCCCAAUCCACCCGACAAAUCCCUAAUAUCAAUUGUACAACGUAUGGAGGAACAGACAGUUCAGGUACUGCUUCCCCUCAGUCAACGGGGAGUCCGUCAGAAGGGCGGCGUGCUGUGAGAGUGUAUCAUUACCCUUCUCGGUCCCCAACAACGCCCCCUGUCAGUUCCAAUAUCUCCCCCAACCCCAACCAACAACAGUAUGUGUAUAGGAUUCAAUUCGGUAAGGACAGUGGGGGGAUGUGUACUGUUGCACCCCAGUCCUCCUCUAUGCAGAAUCUGCAAUCUUUACCCACUGCUGUGAAUCAACAAGGACAAUAUUCGCCUGAAGCAGGACCUCAAUCCUAUGCAGGCUCUACAGCACAUGUAUCUAAUCAAUACACACAUUCUUCACAAGCUACAAUCUUUAUUAAUAAGAACAAUAAUAACGGACAAAUUAGCCCUGAAAGGCCUGGAAAUAGGACUAACAAUUACUCCGCCUUCUCGCGUGAUCCGAGAUUGGGUGUGCAGGUGCCCAUGAAUGCCACAGGGCCAACGUCCCCAGUGCCAGGAUAUGGGGGAGUUCAUCCGAUUCCACAAGGAUAUAACAAACCUUUAUCUGUGACAAUUCGAGCAUCUGGACCAGAAGGGGCUGAAACAAAAGUGCGAUAUUUCCCAUCAACACCUGAGCGCUCAGGGCCAGGAUACCAGUUGUCCGGGGCUCACUCCCCAACCCGAUAUGGAGUAAGUGCUCAUCCCUCCAACCACCUCCCAGGCCAGUAUGCGACAGCUUCUCAGUCUCCUUUCCAUGUACAACAGGCGCCAAACCAAAUAUCUGUUGUCAACACAACUUCUUCAGCUUUCAUAACCCCUACGCUACCACGCUUUCCUUCACCUAGUAUAGCACAACCGGUCAUUCCACUGCUGGGAGCUCAGGCUAGUAGUGAACAUGGUAACCUUAUAUUGCAGGAGACAGACACAGGGCAUCAUAUGCCCAACUACCCUACUAUGUCACCUGCUUCUAGUCAAAGCAGCUUGAGUGAUGAAUCUUCUCGAAGUGAUUACAACCAUCGACAGAGGUCGGGAAGUCUUCAGGAUGAGGUGGAAUACACACAGGCAUUGCUAGCACACCAAAAUUCUCGGAUGGGUCGGUUGAAGAAUGAUUAUGAAACUGAGCUUCAAAAAUUAGAGAAGUUACGGGCUCAAGUGUCUCAAAUGGAGAAGAAUAUGCUGGAAAGGAGAAGUGCUCGAAGAAACAGUUUUCCAGGGGUUGACGAUAUAGGCAAGAUGCGGCAAGCUAAUAGAAAACUUCAGACAGAUAUUCAAGUGAUGGUCAAUGAAAUAGACAUGUAUAGGAAUGGCCAGACACCGUUUAGUGUAAUAGACCCUAUCGGCCAACAGAAUUUUUUCAACAACAUACCCACUGGACAACAUGUCCAUCGGAAUUCCUUCAAUGCUAAUCGGCCCUCGGACCGGACUAGUGAGUCUCCACCACCUGUUCCUCCCAGAGAGAGCCUCAGUUCUGUUCCCCCUGCCCCUCCCACACAACCCCCUGCAGGGUCAGGGGACUCGGAAGAGGGGGAACAGUGGAGUUGUUCGGCAUGUACGUUCCUGAACCACCCUGCCCUCAACAAGUGUGAGUGCUGUGAGAUGCCCCGAGUCACCACAGGAUCAUGAUGUGGAAUGUUAUUUGCCUGUGGCCUGUCUCCCUCUGCCUGUGUCUGCUGUAGAGAGAGGACUUCUGCCUACCCGUCUGCUGCCCCGUAGAUUCUGCCCGUCUGCUCGCUGUCUUUCCCAUCAUACAGUGUACUUCCUGGUUACGGCCCUUGUCUGCAUGGAAUCACCUGCUCAACUACAGUUUCCUCUCAGCACAGGGUUACUUUAUGCCAUUAUUCUGCUCACAUUACAAACCACUGCUUAACAUCAUCAUUUUGGUGGCUGGAGCGUAGCAGGUCAUUGACAUUGGAAGCUCAAGGGCAAAUCUUUGUAAACUUGGUCAAACAUAAUUUUUUUGUCAUCUAGCACUUGCAAAACCAAUACAUUGAUUUGCAGUAGGGGAUUUAAUCUGUUGCAUGGUUAUGUGGUUUGCUUUGAGCUGACAUGGAGUUGAGAAAGCUUAUUUGGCUUAUUUGAACUUUUCAAUUUGAUUGGGCUUGUGAACAGAUAUGUCUCCUACAUUGCUUGCGACCACAUUAAGAUAAGACCUGUGAAGGUCUAGGUAUAGACAAUAGGUCUUCAGCAGCCAUGCUUGCGGUAAGAGGCAACUAUGCUUGUCGUAAGAGGCGACUAAAGGGAUUGGGUGGUCAGGCUCACUGACUUGGUUGAUGCAGGUCAUCAUAUCCAAAUUACG